AUGGCCAGUUUGAUUGAAUUUAAAACGUGGCCGAAACAUCAGCAUUUAUAUUAUGAAAUUACUAGUAGCGGGUUAUCGUUUUGGGUGAAGUCGUACUCAAAGGCAACUGUGGGUCUAGCGGCGAAGCCGAGUAAAGGGUGUGCUUAUGAGAUAAUAUUACAAAGAGACAGUUGUCAUAUGAUGGCAAACAAUUAUAAUGUAAUGAAACGGGAAGUGUCGUCACCAACGAAUAUUAAUAAUAUUUUAUCUGGAAAUGAAUUUAGAAAGUUCUGGAUAACUUGGAAGAAUAACUCUAUUGCCUUUGGGACAGGAUAUACAGUACUUCUUUGGAGACAAUGCACUGUAAAGCAUUUAAAGUAUGUUACAUUUUAUGUGAGUGAUGACACCAGACAAUGUGCAGAAUGGCGAUGUUAUUUACCACCAGUGAUAGAAAAUUUACCCUUAAAACAAAUACAAGGAACAGAACUACACUGGGUUCAGGUAGAGGAUCAGCUUCCAGAUGGAGCCUUGAUUGGAGGCUAUGAGAAUGAAUUCCUGUACAUCAUUAGGGCUCCAUUCAGAGGUUCAUUGACUCCAGGGAAAUUUGUGCCAAGUUUGGGACUCGGGUUUAUCUCAUGGGGCGGAGACAGCCAAGAGUGUGACACAUUAGAGAUAUUAUGCGGUGAUAACUGCAUCUGGGUGCCGAGCAAGGACGAUCAGAUUCCAGCGGGUGCAUUGGAGGCAGGGUUCACAGAGGUAAUCAAUGAGACUAUGUAUGUGGGGCGAGUACAUUACAGAGGGCACCUCAUUGUGGGCAAAAUAGCACCCUCACACAAAUGUUGCUACUUCCCUUACGAAGAUAGGGAGCUGUCUGCGCAGGAUUAUGAAGUUUUAGUUGUUCCUAAUCCUAAAGUGAGGAUUCCUUUUGUUUCAACAGAGCUUCAUGACAACUUCGUAGAUCCUAUAGGUGUUCAUGAACUCAGUGAUGGAGAUGAGGUUUUUGAUGAUUAUUUA